UUGUUUGUUAUAUGGAGUUUUAUUGGAGCAGUCAUUUUUUUAAUUAGAAUCUUUACACAAAACUGAUGAGGAGAAACUAUUUCAGCGAUACUUUUUUGUUUUUAAUGAGCGAAAUAGUUAGAGGGAAUUGCUUUGUGUAAUUUACUAGUUUUAACAAAAAUAGCGGGAAUGCGUAGGGUCUGGUUUGUUUUUAUCCCUUGUAAAGAGCGUUGAAACCAAGGGUCGUUUUAAAAUGGGAUUUUUAAUUUUUUUAAAAAAAGAGAAUUUGAAAAAGAAAGGCUGAGUAAGCAAUAGGAAAUUUUCGUUUAAACUAAGUUUCGACAGUCGCACGUUCCGUUUUCUUUACACUUAAUAUCCAAUUUUCGUAGAUCGUUAAACCGAAACAAUUAGUAUAAUCGGGAAAACGUUUUAUCAGAGCACACCCCUAGACAAUGUGGAGGGAGACGUCACAUCUCCCUAGUGAAAAUACUAUUAGUUCCCAGUCUUCUAGUAAUCGAAAACCAUUGGCUUAGUAUGACGUACUUUUUCUAUUUUUGGAUCAUAAUGGCUGCCACGGAGAAGUCAAAUAAAACCAUCUGGUACAAAAAGAAAUGAGAUGGGCAUAUAAAGACAAGAAAUUUCUGGACAAAAUUCUGAUUUAAAUUGUAAAUAAUUUCUUUUUUUAGAGUUAUAUUAAGUCCAUGUACUAUCAUCACAUUUGAAAUAUUUUUAACAAGAAAGAAGAUAUACUAAAAGAACUUUAUAUCUGAAACAAGACUAAGUUAACAAGUUGAAACAGAUUUGAACAUAUCUAACGAUUUAGUUGUUCAGUUUUACUUAACUAGCUAACUAAAUCUGUAUUUAAUUUGUCGAUAUUCGACUUAGAAAAGACUAAGUAUUUUUGUAUUUAUUCAUUAAAUUAUAUUAUGUCAAUGUGCUCAACACUUACGAUGUGCUCAUAUGGAAACUUAUUUAACACAAAGAGUUUAACAGUCAACAGCAUACUGCCUGGUGAAUUGGCUGAAGUUCUGCAGACAACUGAAAACUUGGAAAUUUGUCCAAAAACUUGUUCAUUUUCUUCAAAAUCCACGGAGAAUGUCAUGCUCUUAGACUGUAGAUCUUUUCUUGCUUACAAUUUCAAACACAUUGCUGGUGCACUUAAUGUUAAUUGUACUGGUAUUGGCAAAAAACGUUUACAACAAGGAAAAGCUUCAUUGGUAGAUCUGAUAACUACAGAAUAUGGAAAAGAACUUUUAAGAAGUGGCCGUUGGGGUAAGGCAAUAGUUUACGAUGAUUCAACUACAGAACUAGAAAAGGCUCCUCCAUCACAUCCAGUCAGACUUGUUUUAAUGGCCCUUUUAAGCCAAGGAAAGGAAGCACUUCUACUGAAAGGGGGAUUAAGGGAGUUCUCACAAUAUUACCAGAACCUACUUGCAGUGCAAUCGUCGGGUGAGCAUGCUGAGGGUGUCACUAACGCCAUCGAUCGAAUCAACUGUUUGGCAAAGUACCAACAAGAUGUCGCCGUCAAUCAGCCUAAUCCAAGUUGUCCUUUGAACGUGAAAGCAACCGAAGUUAUGCCGCAUAUUUUUCUUGGUAACGCCAUAGACGCGGCUGACGAGCACCUGAUGGAGACGAAUAAUAUUCGAUACGUUUUGAAUUUAACUUGUAAAUGUCCAAAUCACUUUGUAAAAAACUCGAACUUUCACUAUAAACAAAUCGAAAUCGAAGAUUCCUGUCGAGAAGACAUAAAAAGCAUCGUUGCAGAGGCGAUUGAGUUUAUAGAACUGGCAAAAGCCGACAAUUCCUCUGUUCUUAUUCAUUGCCAAGGUGGCGUGUCUCGUUCACCCACGAUCACCAUCGCAUAUCUUAUGUACAGCAAAAACUUAUCAUUGAAAGACGCAUACGAUUUCGUAAAAAGAAGAAGACCUUGUAUCGCACCCAAUCUCAACUUCAUGGGUCAAUUACUUGAGCUUGGACAGAAAAACAGCGAUGCUCUUCACAGUGGCCCACCUCGUACGGAAGAAUUCUUCAAAAAACUUUCAAUGUGUACCGCGCAGGAUUAGAACCAGCCUGCACUCGUGCACCUGCGGGUAAUAAAUUCGCGGGUAUUCGAGUCCGCGUUUUGUUUCGGUUAUAGUCCUUACUAAUAGAAAAAUUGGUCCUUACUAAUAGAAAAUUUAACAGAAGGUUUUCUUUUAAAUUUUCUGUUAAACAGAAGUUCAGGACAGAGGUUGAUUUUGGGUUUUGAUCAGAAAAAACAGACUAAGUAAUGGUGUGCCGAAACACAGGUAGUUAAAAUGAUACAAAGAAUAAUCUUAUACAUACUGAAGAUAUUAUUUAUAAGAGGAAAACUUGUGAAUAAAACUUAUGGCAAUGCAUAUAGUAGAAAUACGUAGUAUGAACAUAGCGUAAAAAGACGAAUCUCAAUUUUGACGUGAAAGAGGCGCCAUUUUGCCAAAAUAUUGAUAGAAGCGCCAUCAUGCAAAGAAAAACAACAUGUUAAAAAUGAGUUUUAAUUUAUUUCGCCUUCUUGCAGAAACACGUCAAAAGGAAAUCCGUCUGAUUAGAUAUAAAAUGUAGCGUAAGUAAGUUUAAAAAAUUUUGAAUUAUUUUUUGUCGAUAUGUAGAAUAUGUACCAUUUUUUUGUAAAUAGAAAACGGAGUGUACGUUAUGUAUAAUACAGUUAGCUGAUACUUUAUCAACAUUUUACUUGUUGGCUUUAGAUCAUUUCCAACUGAGAUUUCUAUGUCUCAGGGAUCGCAUAUUUUAUUUCGUUUUUUCUUACUUGUCAGGCUACAAGAGUUAAAAACGAAAGAACAAUGCUUCCCAAGUUAAAAUAUUCCUUGAGUUUUCUUUUUGAGGGAAACUUUUAAUUGACUUAAGUUUUUUAUUCUUCUAUGGUUACGAUCUUGAAAUGGUGUUUUGUAAACGUUUUCUUUUCUGAAAGAUAUCUUCUGAUUAGA